AUGAACCAAGUUGAAGAACCAGAGGGUCAAAACCCUUUGGGACCAGCAGACCAUUUUCCUGAAUACCAAGACAUGGAGAUGGACGAUGAUCCAGAUCCCGAGAUGCCACCAUUAGGGAUGCCCACGCAUCCCAUAGAGAUUUCAAGCGGAUCAUCUUUUCAUGCUUCGCCAUACAGGGGCCCUAAUAUCUGGGCCAAAAGGUGGAGCACAUAUAAGUGGGAGUUUACUCCCCCUCACCGCAACUCUCCUCCACAUCAGCGGGUUCCCUCUGAGGACCCACACUUUCAGGCAGACACGCCACCGCCACCAUCUGCGCUAGAGCAGCCACCGCCUCUAGAACCAUCGAGGCGAAGAAGAAGUGCACGGAUGUCCGUGCGUGGCGGUUUUCAUUUCAGCACCCCCCAACACUCCAGCAACUACCCUCCGUUCUAUGAAGACCCGCAAAUGGGUGGGCCUUCAAAUGCUGUUUCUGUAGUCGACUCUGCACCAGUCGCACCUGCACCACCCAUAGGUUAUGAAAACCCAAUUCCAUCUUACCCAGAUGCAGCUGGGUACAACCUGUUUGAGUAG